AUGAAUAAUAAUUCAGAAGAUUAGAUUGACAUUUCAAAUGAAAACCUAAAAGCUUGUCCUGAUAAAAAAUUACACCAUUUUGAUUAAGAAUGGGCAAAUUAUGCUAAUAACCCUUCUCCUCAUUUCACUCCCUCGUAAUUCUUUAAUGCUCCUCAUACAAACCUGCCUCCCUUAAAUUUAGAAAAAAGUUCAUAGUUCCCUUAUAUCAAGGUUAUGAUGAUGACUAAGACAAAUAAGGUAAGAAAAUCCCUUUCGAAAAUUUUCUGCUCAUGA